UAAAAAAAGUUGUAAAUGCGAAAGCAGCAAUAAGUAAGAAGAUAGCUCACGUUUUUUUUUUUGUUUAACUACGAAGUGGCUUGGCGCAAAUCGCUAAACGCGCGGAGUGCGAGGGCGAGAGACAGUAUUUGAUGUGCAACGCAUAUUGCAAAAAGUAAAUCAAGUGCGCGCCUUUGGGAAGCAAAAGUCGCCGCUGGGUCCGUUUGAAAGGAUUGGGAUUUGGAGGCAAACAGCUGCAGCGGCAUUAGCAUCAUCAUGGUGAAGAAGCGUCAAACGGACGCACAACAGGAUGGCAACAGUUCCACAGACUCUGGAGCAAGUGGUGCGGCUGUGUGUCAGCACAUCAAACGGUCGGUGGACACAACGCGAUUGCGUCGUCAGCUGAAAGCAACGGGCCUUCUCUACGAGUGUGUCCAAUGCCAGAAACUGAAUGCCACAAAUGUGGCAGGCAGCAGUGGCAAUGGCGGCGUCGACGGCAGCGGCGAAUCGAGUGCCACCUGCGAAGCGGACAACACGCUCUGGCUGUGCCUCAAUUGUGGCACACAACUGUGUGGACGCGAGCGCAACACGCAUGCCCUGCAACACCAUCAGACUCCUCGCUCGGACUCACAUGCGCUGGUAUUGAAUACGCGCUCAUUUAAGAUCUGGUGCUACGACUGUCGCAGCGAGGUCAGCCCCAAUUCGCGCAAGAAUCUGCUCGAGUGCGUCGAGCUGGUCAAGCGACUUGCUCAGAAGCCGCCGACGAGUGUGGCAAAUGCGGAAGCCGAGCAGCCAACGAUCAGCAACAUUGAGUACAAAAUGAAAUCAACGCUGGAACAGCUCAGUGCCAUGGUGCCGAUGACCGGUGGCCAAUUGUCGCAGCCAGUUGCUGGGGCAGCAAUACCGUUGCCACCACCGCCACCGCCGGCACCAGCGGCGGGUGUUGUGCCCGGCAUGGCCAAGCGAAUGACGGGCAACAAUCGUUUGGUCAACAUACCGAAGAGCGUCUCGCCGCAAUUGCAGCCCACAACGUCAACCAGCAAUGAGCUGGAUCGUUUGCCGCGUGUGCGUGGCCUCACCAAUUUGGGUAACACGUGUUUCUUCAAUGCCGUGAUGCAGUGCCUGGCCCAGACACCGUUUCUGCUUGCCGUGCUCAAGGAGCUCGGCGAGCCUGGCGAGCAAUUUGUGUUGCCUGGCGGCACUUUUAGCUCUGCGGAUUCGGGAGACGUGGAGUUGCCCAUGAUUAAGGGCACUUUGUCGUCGUGGGGCACGCUCACCUCGGCGCUGGCGAAUGCGCUCGAGGAAUUGCAAUGCGUUGGCGGUGUCUUGAAGCCUAGCAAACUGUUUGACAAGUUGUGCGCCAAGUGUCCGCAGUUUAUGGGCGGUGAUCAGCACGAUGCCCACGAGUUGUUGCGUCAGAUGUUGGAGAGUGUACGCUCGGAGGAUUUGAAGCGCUAUCAGCGUGUCAUACUGGAGACGAUGGGCUACAAGAAUCAGAAUGUGAACGAUGUGUCGCAAGAGUUGCGACAAAAGUGCAAAAUCUAUGGCCAGCAGGCAGCCGAUCGUAUACUGCGACCGGAGCAAGUGUUUCGUGGCUUCCUUGUCUCCACGCUAACGUGUCAGGAUUGCUAUAACAUUUCGUCGCGGCACGAAUACUUUCUGGACAUGUCGCUGCCGGUGGCGGUGGAGAAGCCGCAGCCACCGCAGCGUCGCAAAGUAAGUCCCGAAAAUUCUCCAAUGGCGCCGAAUGCAAUCAAUGCGAACUUCACCAACGGUGAGACGGAUGUGCCUUUCGCCAAGCCAGCGACAUUCUAUCUGCAUCAGGACGGGCAGGAACCAUUGGGACCCUCCAAGGCGCAGGUGAAAAAAGAUAAGGAGCGCGAACGCAAAGCGAAACGCGCCGCCAAACAUCAGCGCACCAAGCAGGCCCAGAAACUCUCGCUCAAACUGAACGUUAACGACGAGAACAACGCUAGCGCGGGCGGCGGCGAUGCUGACGCUGAUGUGGACCAGCAGCCCGGCAGUGGCGAUAAUCAGGCUCAGCCACAGUCGCCGGGCUCAGCUGAUGUUGAUACGGAUAUUGAAAAGACACGAUCAGCAUCGUGGGGCGAGGGACCGCGCGUCGAUUCGUUCAGCGGCACCACAUCAGAGCAUUCGGAUGCCGAUGUUGAGGAUAAUCUCGUGGAGGAUACAGCUGCUGAUGUGGGUGCUGGAGUCGCUGCCGCCGCUGCCACAACCAAAUUCUACACCGACACCAAUGGCAAUGCGCAGCCGUUGAGUGAGAAACGUGACGAUACCCCUGAGAAUAUGGACAAGGACUCGCUCGAGGAAGACGAGAAUGAUUCUGGUAUAGCCACGAGUCCAGCACCAACCACAGCGACUAGCAUCAGUGCAAGUGCCGCCAACUCAACGACAAACAGCACCACGAAUAGCAACAAUACUGUUGAUGGGGAAGGAGACAAGGAUAAGAAACAGCAGGAGUCGGAGGGCAGCACAGGAGCUGUGCUGGUCAAUGCUGGACUGAGCGAAGUGGGCGCCUCGCUAAUACGCCAGAUCUCGUCGGGUCAGCUGCAAAUCGAUCAACUCAAGCAACAGAUGGGCAAUCUAAAGCUACGCGAUGGAACUCAAUCACAAGGCGCAGCAGCAACUGGAGCAGGAAAAUCAGUGGCCGCAGCAGCAGCAGCGGCACGCUCGAAGCGUGUGCGCACCCAAAGCUGCUCGGAUUGGAGCACCACGAUUGCGCCGCGCUAUCAAUGCGAGGCCGAUGAAUGCUCGGUGCAAUCGUGCCUCAACAAUUUCACCGCUGUCGAGCUGAUGACCGGCCAGAAUAAGGUCGGUUGUGAGAGUUGUACGCGUCGCAUCAAUGGCGAUGCACCCGAUGCCAAGUCUGUGAAUACGAAUGCGACCAAACAGCUGCUCGUUUCCAGUCCGCCCGCUGUGCUCAUCUUGCAUCUGAAGCGAUUCCAGCUGGGGCCACGUUGUGUCUUCCGCAAGGUGACGCGGCAGGUUAGCUACUCGACGCUGCUGGACAUUGCCGCCUUCUGUGGCUCGAAGGUCAAGAAUUUGCCGAACAUUGAUCGCAAACAGAAGAAGCUACUCUACGCAUUGUAUGGCGUUGUGGAGCAUUCGGGAGGCCUCUAUGGUGGACAUUAUACCGCCUAUGUGAAGGUGCGUCCGAAAUUGACGGCCGACGAUAAGCGAUGGAAAUUCCUGCCGCAUGGCAGCAAAGCUGAACUCGAUCAGGACGAUGAGCUGGAGCAGCUGCUGGCCAAGGAGAAAGCACGCGAGAUGCGCAUGAAUGCUAUGGACGACAGCGAUGAUUUCUCCAACUCCAGCAGCAAUGACUCCACCUCAAGCGAGCACUCCGUUGAUCAUGCAAGUGGCUUGGAGAAUGGCGAUGAUGAUGCAGUCAGUGCGUCUGGGGAUCAGGCGGCGGAAAGCGGGACAACUGUCAAUGGCAAAGAAGGUGCUUCUCCUGCCGCGGCUACAGCUGAAGAUGAGGCGGCCAAUGUGCAGGCACCGCCAGGCAAAUGGUAUUAUGUAUCGGAUUCACGGGUCCAGGAGGUCAGCGAGGAGGCAGCACUCAAGGCGCAGGCGUAUCUGCUAUUCUACGAGCGCAUCUAUUAGACCGUUUUUCCAUCUAGCUCUUUAUUAGAUUCCAUUAACCUCCAGCUUCUCACAGUUUAGUAGCAGUAGAAUCUGAUCGUUGAUGGUCUUUUUUGUUUUGUUGUUUGUUUUUAGAGACUUUUUUAAAUACUUUUUAUUCUAAUUACUUUUCUAUCUCUUAUUUCUGAAUUGUGCAUUUGAACGCGGUAGGCGUGAAACUACAACGAAGAUGAUGGACUGAAAACUAACACAGAACUGACGGAAGACGAUAGAAAGUCUCGCCCCCCUCCAGACAGCAUUAGAAAGAGAUAGAUGGCGGGAAACACGGAGAAAGAGCGAGAGAACAGAGAGUAAAGCCAAGUAGAAGUGCAUUUGAGAAGCGUUAGGGGAGAGAUAGUUAGAUAGAUAGAUACCAUGAUGACGACAACAGGGCAGUGGGAGAAGAGACACACACACAUACACACACACACAUACAAAGUCCCAUAUACGAUAUGCAGGGCAGCAGAUCAACACACAUACACACAACACUCAAUCUCAUGCUCAAACACACACCACACUACAUUUUGCAAACAAAAUUUGUAAGUUAAAAAUGACACUUAUUUUUUUUUUGUUAUCCUAUAUUAUGUACAUUUUAAUUAUAUUUUCGAUUUAUUUUAAAUUGUUUUUGUAACGUAAGAUAAAAAGAACUUUUUUGAGUAAACAACUGAAUCAGACGACAUAAAAAAACAAGUUUAAAAAAGCUACCUAUAAGUGUACUCAACCGCGUUUUUUAAGAAUUCAGAGAGGGCGCGGCAAUCUAUAAGAAUAUUGUGAGAAAAUUUAGUAGUAUCUGAGAUGUGACUUUUGCCCUGAUCAAUAAUAUAUAAUAUAUACUGCUAUUAAAUGUUCCCCUGCAUGUCACACAUUUUAAAGGCACCAAGUUGUAAAAAAAAAAAAACAAAAUAUAGAAACUUGGUUUGAAGCAAAAGUAAAAAGGAUGAACAUUAUAGUGAAUGUUGCAAUUAACUAUAUUAAAUGAUAAUGAGAAAGCAUAAGAAGCGAAUUAUUAAAGCAAGUUUGAUGCGAGUUUUCAGAUUUUUGUAAAGUUUAUUAUUAGUUUUAAGUUAGCUGCAUAUAAAUAUUUAGUCUGUGGUCCAAAACAAAUACGAAAUGAACAACAUUGCCUCAAAGUUGAAUAAAAAAACAAACAAACAAACACAUGAAAGCGAAGAGAAAUAUGAUACUUAAGCAACAAGAAGAUGGAAAUGGAGAACAUAGACAUUAGGCGAUAAUUAACCAUACGUGUUUCUUAAACCUAUUUAAUGCGUUGUAUAAAGAUUCGAAAGUGAUUCUGUUCUAUGAUAGAGAUAACAAUAUACAUAUAGAAAUAGAAUAACAAAAAAAAAACAAAAAGAAAACAAAACAAAAAACAACAACAACAAACCAAUUGCUCGCUUCUGCCAAUAUAUUUAAUUAUAAUUCAAUUCAUAUACACAAUAUGAAUAAAUAGAUAUUAAAUGAAAUAGUUCUAAACGCAUUCUAAAUAGUUUUUACAAUAACUAUGCAAGGUAAACAUUUCUAAAAUAGUUAAUGAAAAUUACUACAACGAGAUUUAUACACAACAAGAAAACUAAAAAGCAAACAA